UUUUUGGUUUUAUUCUCCACUGAAAUACAUAACAAUACUAAGUACUAUUUUGAUGGCCUCAUGACUGAUGUGAGAUGCGACGGCGACCAAAGGAAGCUCCAAAGAAAAAUCCGCAGCAGCUCAUUGCUUCACAAGAAACAUCUCCCACCCCAGCAGCAGUGCACCUGCACCUUGCGUUGUGGUCGGGUGUCCUUGAAACACUUGUAUCCCUGACGCAGCCUAAGAUUGACCUGUAUGCGUUUCCGUCGGUGUACCAGAAUGGUCUAGCGCAGGUCGUCGGGAGUGCCAGGGGUCCUGGCGCAGUAAGUAGCAGAAGUCCUGGCCCGUGGUCGGUAGUCCUGCGCUUGUGUCGUAGUCAGUCCUGGAUAGAGAAAGCCGUAGCCUCUCGCUAUAGAGGUCUGGCCUUGGUUCCCCUUUCAGUCCUUCCUGUUCCAUCGGGCGUUCUUGAGACACUUGUGUUCCCGACACAGCUCCUUGCAUCGAAUUAUCAGCCUCAAUGCAACUCGUAUGUUGCACACCUAAUAUGCAGCUGCUGCUGCGCGGGCCAAUUCUGUUGCGGUGGGAGGAGAAACAAAAAUUCUUUGCAACUCCGGCAGCUACUUCAACAAUGCGUGGAUUUUCCUCUUGGAAAUAAGUUGAAAUUCCAACGCCGGGGCUUGAGCGGUACUGAUCGUGGCAGAUUUUGAGGUCGAGUGCUACAACGCAGCGAAAGGUAGACGAUGAGCAGUUGGUAUCAGAAGUCGUUGCCUUAUACCACUUGUCAGAC